GGGGGAGUAUAUAGAGGAACACAGGGGUCUGUACAAGGACGUGAUGAUGGAGAAUCACCGGCCCCUCACAUCACUGGAUGGGCCCGGUAACAGAGAUACCCCAGAGAGAUGUCCCCGUCCUCUGUAUUCCCAGGAUUGUACAGAGGAGAAUCACAGGACCCCACAGGAGGAUCAGUAUGAAGAUCUAAAGGAAGAAGAACAGAGAUAUGUCAUUGAAAUAAAGACAGAAGAUACAGAGGGAGAAGAAGAGACGUAUGUGACUGAUAUGAAGGCAGAAGAUAUAGAGGGAGAAGAAGAGACGUAUGUGACUGAUAUGAAGGCAGAAGAUAUAGAGGGAGAAGAAGAGACGUAUGUGACUGAUAUGAAGGCAGAAGAUACAGAGGGAGAAGAUGUGACGUAUGUGACUGAUAUGAAAGCAGAAGAUAUAGAGGGAGAAGAAGAGACGUAUGUGACUGAUAUGAAGGCAGAAGAUAUAGAGGGAGAAGAAGAGACGUAUGUGGCUGAUAUGAAAGCAGAAGAUACAGAGGGAGAAGAAGAGACGUAUGUGACUGAUAUGAAGGCAGAAGAUAUAGAGGAAGAAGAGACGGAUGUGACUGAUAUAAAGGCAGAAGAUAUAGAGGGAGAAGAAGAGACGUAUGUGACUGAUAUGAAGGCAGAAGAUAUAGAGGGAGAAGAAGAGACGUAUGUGACUGAUAUGAAGGCAGAAGAUAUAGAGGGAGUAGAAGAGACGUAUGUGACUGAUAUGAAGACAGAAGAUAUAGAGGGAGAAGAAGAGACGUAUGUGACAGAGAUGAAGGUAGAAGUUAUAGAGGGAGAAGAAGAGACGUAUGUGACUGAUAUGAAGGCAGAAUAUAUAGAGGGAGAAGAAGAUACGUAUGUGAGGUGUGAUCAGAAGUGUAAGGAGGAGGAGAUCCCUACAGAUAUCAGCAGAGCAGAUGGGUGUAACCGCAGAAAUAUCUCAAUAGGAAAUCUAUUUUUAUCUACUGAUUGUGAAAGAGGCGAUAAUGACAUCAAACAAGAUUAUCCAGAAGAAAUCACCCCAAUUAUACAUCCAGUACCUCCCAGUGCAGAUGUAUCACCUGAUCCUGGUUAUAAAGAGGAAUGUUCUCCUGGCACAUCUAUUACAGCUUGUAGAGUAAAUAAAUUGUUUCCCUUAGAUGUAAAAUGUAAUGCCUUAGAUGGGAAAUGUUUUACACCCAAUUUAGAUCUUGUUACGCAUCAGAGAAGUCACACAGGUGAGAAACCAUAUCCAUGUCCAGAGUGUGGGAAAUGUUUUACACGGAAAUCAGUUCUUAUUACACAUCAGAAAAAUCACACUGGUAAAAAAACAUUUUCAUGUACUGAGUGUGGGAAAUGUUUUACACUGAAAUCGAACCUUGUUAUGCAUCAAAGACGUCACACAGUUGAGAAACCAUUUCCAUGCUCUGUUUGUGGGAAAUGUUUUACACUGAAAUCAGAUCUUGUUAUACAUCAGAGAUGUCACAUAGGUGAGAAACCAUUUCCAUGCUCUGAGUGUGGGAAAUGUUUUAAAUGGGAAUCACAUCUUGUUAAACAUCAUAGAAGUCACACAGGUGAGAAACCAUUUCCAUGUGCUGAGUGUGGGCAAUGUUUUGCAAUUAAGUCAGAACUUGUUAUACAUCAGAGACGUCACACAGGUGAGAAACCAUUUCCAUGCUCUAUUUGUGGGAAAUGUUUUACACUGAAAUCAUAUCUUGUUACACAUCAGAAACGUCACACAGGUGAAAAAAUUUCAUGCUCUGAGUGUGGGAAAUGUUUUAAAUGGAAAUCACAGCUUGUUGUACAUGAGAGAAGUCACACAGGUGAGACGCCAUUCCCUUGCUCAGAGUGUGGGAAACGUUUUACACAGUAUUCAGAUGUAGUUAAACAUCAGAGAAGUCACACAAAUGAGAGGCUAUUUCCAUGCUUUGUGUGUGGGAAAUGUUUUAUGCAGAAAUCAGACCUUGUUUCACAUCAGAGACAUCACACAAAUUAGCUAUUCUCAUGUUCGGAAUGUCAGAAAACAGAUCUUGUUAAACCAUUCCUUUUGUACAUUGGAGAAAUGUUGCAUGUAUACAAGUGGAAAUUGUUUCUAACCAUAUCAAGAAGCAUAGUAUUUUUCCUGACCCGCGUACUUCUAUGACUUCUGACGUUUGUUUCAUGAUCCAGAAGGUAGAAUAGGCAUAGCUUGUAUUACUGUCCUCACUGUAUUCUUGGGUUAUAUUUUUUGCUUUUAGCUAUUUUUAUAGGAAAGUUACUCUGCAGUAUUUCUAACAGUGUGGAAUUAGAUCACCUGAAUAGUAUAAAAUUGUGUAGGAAGACACGAGGAACAGUGGCCAAGGUAGUAAUGGAGUGCUACCAUCUAGUAAUAGACCGUCAGGUCUGAGAUCUGACAGACAAGUUCCUACCACCAACCUCCUUUGCUCUAUGCAAUACCUAUUAUAUGCUGCAGGGGGCAGGAGGUAUGUGCUAGAGAAAGAUAAAAGCUCAGUCACACACCAUCAGGACACAUCACCAUGGAGGGGUAAGGACUGUCCUAUAUGUGGUGUCCCUGGUGCUCCUGAUGGUGUCCCCAGUAUGUGUAUAUAUCUGUGUAUGUAAUACCUAUUAUAUGCUGCAGGGGGCAGGUGUCCAGAGCAAUGGGAGGAUAUAACAGGUAUAUCAGAGAGGAAUGUGAUAUAGAGAGAUAAAAGCUCAGUCACACACCAUCAGGUCACAUCACCAGUGAGGGGUAAGGACUGUCCUAUAUGUGGUGUCCCUGGUGCUCCCUCCUGAUGGUGUCCCCAGUAUGUGUAUAUAUCUGUAUAUGUAAUACCUAUUAUAUGCUGCAGGGGGCAGGUGCCCAGAGCAAUGGGAGGAUAUAACAGGUAUAUCAGAGAGGUAUGUGCUAGAGAGAGAUAAAAGCUCAGUCACACACCAUCAGGGCACAUCACCAGUGAGGGGUAAGGACUGUCCUAUAUGUGGUGUCCCCAGUAUGUGUAUAUAUCUGUGUAUGUAAUACCUAUUAUAUACUGCAGGGGGCAGGUGCCCAGAGCAAUGGGAGUAUAUAACAGGUAUAUCAGAGAGGUAUGUGCUAGAGAGAGAUAAAAGCUCAGUCACACACCAUCAGGACACAUCACCAG